AAUUUUUAUUUUUUUCCUAGCUUACAGAAUUGUUGGUGAAAAAAAUGAUUUGUUUUGAUUCCUGGUCUUUGAUCUGGAACCUGCUUUGUUUCUGGAAGAUUUUAGAAUCUUCUCUUUGUUUCCAGUGUCAUAAAAUUUUACAGAAUUCUGUGACCAGUUGAAGAACAGGGCUGGAGGGUCUCAACAUAAAAUACUUUUACUUAAGCUUUAUUUUCAGUAUGCUACCAUUGUUCUCAUUUGUGUCCCCUGUUUCAGAGACCCUGUGUUUUAAAUAUUCCAGAGGGGAAAUCUCUAGUAUUCUGCCAUGUUUUUCCCCACAAGUACUAAUAGGAAAGAUGGCUGAUAUUAACCUCAAAGAAGUAACCUUAAUAGUAGGUGUAGUUGCUGCCUGCUAUUGGAACAGCCUCUUUUGUGGUUUUGUUUUUGACGAUGUUUCGGCGAUACUUGAUAAUAAAGAUCUUCAUCCAUCUACACCUUUAAAAACUUUAUUUCAGAAUGACUUCUGGGGAACCCCUAUGUCUGAGGAGAGAAGCCACAAAUCUUACCGUCCCUUAACAGUAUUGACUUUUCGUUUAAAUUAUCUGUUUAGUGAACUAAAACCAAUGUCAUAUCAUCUCCUAAAUAUGAUUUUUCAUGCUGUGGUUAGUGUAAUAUUUCUUAAAGUCUGCAAACUUUUUCUGGAGAACCGGAGUAGUGUGAUUGCUUCUUUACUUUUUGCAGUACAUCCAAUACACACUGAAGCAGUAACAGGAGUUGUAGGAAGAGCAGAACUUUUGUCAUCUAUCUUUUUUCUAGCUGCAUUUUUGUCAUAUACCAAAUCAAAAGGACCAGAUAAUUCCAUAGUGUGGACUCCAAUUGCAUUGACAGUGUUUUUAGUGGCUGUUGCAACAUUGUGUAAAGAACAAGGAAUAACAGUUGUGGGAAUUUGCUGUGUAUAUGAAGUGUUUAUUGCCCAGGGGUAUACUUUGCCAUUAUUAUGUACUGCUGCUGGACAGUUUCUCCGUGGAAAGGGUAGUAUACCAUUUUCUAUGCUGCAGACACUAAUAAAACUCAUUGUCUUGAUGUUCAGUACAUUAUUACUUGUUGUGAUUAGAGUCCAGGUCAUUCAAUCCCAACUUCCAGUAUUCACCAGAUUUGAUAACCCAGCUGCUGUAAGCCCAACUCCUACAAGGCAGCUAACUUUUAACUACCUCCUUCCUGUGAAUGCUUGGCUUCUAUUAAAUCCUUCAGAGCUCUGCUGUGAUUGGACCAUGGGAACAAUACCACUUAUAGAGUCAUUACUGGAUAUUCGAAAUCUGGCCACAUUUACUUUCUUUUGCUUUCUGGGAGCUUUGGGAAUAUUCAGUCUCCGAUACCCUGGUGAUUCUUCCAAGACUGUUCUAAUGGCACUUUGCUUAAUGGCAUUACCAUUUAUUCCUGCAUCAAACCUUUUUUUUCCAGUUGGAUUUGUUGUUGCUGAGCGAGUAUUAUAUGUUCCUAGCAUGGGGUUCUGUAUUUUGGUAGCCCAUGGAUGGCAGAAAAUAUCAAACAAAAGUGUUUUAAAAAAGCUAUCCUGGGUUUGUCUGUCUAUGGUGAUACUCACUCAUGCCUUAAAAACGCUCCACAGAAAUUGGGAUUGGGAAUCUGAAUAUACACUGUUUAUGUCAGCCUUAAAGGUAAAUAAAAAUAAUGCCAAACUAUGGAAUAAUGUGGGUCAUGCUCUGGAAAAUGAAAAGAAUUUUGAGAAAGCUUUAAAAUACUUCUUACAGGCUACCCACGUUCAGCCAGAUGAUAUUGGUGCCCAUAUGAAUGUAGGAAGAACUUAUAAAAAUUUAAAUAGAACCAAAGAAGCUGAAGAAUCUUACAUGAUGGCUAAAUCACUGAUGCCUCAAAUUAUUCCUGGUAAAAAAUAUGCAGCAAGAAUUGCCCCUAACCACCUAAAUGUUUAUAUCAAUCUGGCUAACCUGAUUCGAGCAAAUGAGUCCCGACUGGAAGAAGCAGAUCAACUGUACCGACAAGCAAUAAGCAUGCGGCCUGACUUCAAGCAGGCUUACAUUAGCAGAGGAGAAUUACUUUUAAAAAUGAAUAAACCUCUCAAAGCAAAAGAAGCAUAUCUUAAAGCACUAGAGCUGGACAGAAAUAAUGCAGAUCUUUGGUAUAACUUGGCAAUUGUAUAUAUCGAACUUAAAGAACCAAAUGAAGCUUUGAAAAACUUUAAUCAUGCUUUAGAACUAAAUCCAAAGCAUAAGCUAGCAUUAUUCAAUUCUGCUAUAUUAAUGCAAGAAUCAGGUGAGAUUAAACUCAGACCUGAAGCUAGAAAAAGACUUCUGAGCUAUGUAAAUGAAGAGCCACAAGAUGCUAAUGGCUAUUUCAAUUUGGGAAUGCUUGCCAUGGAUGACAAAAAGGACACUGAAGCAGAAAUUUGGAUGAAGAAAGCCAUAAAAUUACAAGCCGACUUCAGAAGUGCUUUGUUUAAUCUGGCUCUCCUGUAUUCUCAGACUGCAAAAGAACUAAAAGCUUUGCCAAUUUUGGAAGAGUUACUCAGAUACUAUCCUGAUCAUAUCAAGGGUCUCAUUUUGAAGGGAGACAUUUUGAUGAAUCAAAAGAAAGAUAUACUUGGAGCAAAAAAAUGUUUUGAAAAGAUUUUGGAGUUGGAUCCAAGCAAUGUGCAAGGAAAACACAAUCUUUGUGUUGUUUAUUUUGAAGAGAAGGACUUAUUAAAAGCUGAAAGGUGCCUGGUUGAAACAUUGGCAUUAGCACCACAUGAAGAAUAUAUUCAGCGCCAUUUGGGUAUAGUCAGGGAUAAAAUUUCUUCAUCUAGUUUUGCAGAAGAGUUAAUAUUCCCAACUAGGAAGGCUUCAGGUGUAGAAGAAGGAGAAAAAAAUCCAACUGAAAGUGUAAAAGAAAUUGUAAGUGAAUCCAGACCGACACAAAUAACAAAAACAAGUGAUGAUAAAAGUCAGUCUAAAUCUAACAAACAAUUAGGAAAAAAUACAGACAAAGAGACUCCCCACAAAACAACAAAAGACAUCAAAGAAAUUGAAAAGAAAAGAAUUGCUGCUUUAAAAAGACUGGAAGAGAUUGAACGUAUUUUAAAUGGUGAAUAGCAUUAUUAUUUAUCAUGUGACAAUGGUUAUCAAAGAACUUCAAUCUGUAUCAUGUGAUUGCUUGUAUUAAGAGCUCUAAAAAUAUCAAGGAUACAUAACAGUCUAUUGUGAACUAUCUCUACAUAGCACUAAAAUAACAUUUUCAUUAAAGAACUGUGUUUCCUAGGAUAUAUAUUAUAUAAAAGUUUUCAGAGUUUUGGUGAAUAUAACAAAUAUUAAAUUGUAGGUGACAAAUUUGCAACUUUUAUUAUAGAAGGAAGGUUUUUCUGGCACAAUAAUCUUUGCUACCCAAUUAAAAGCUGAGACCUAAAUGAUAAUCCCUUCAGGGCCAAUCCAACAUGUGCUGGUUUAUUCUGUGAAUUCCCAUUUAUUAGCCUACUUCAUUUUUCCUUUACUUCUUGGAAUUUAGCUAUGGAUUGAAAACACUUACUGAACACAUUGUUUUCAUUCACUAAUUUUGUUUAACCAAGGGACUUUGCACUACAAAAGAAUACUGGCUUUCUUUAUGUUGUAUUUUUUGGUUGAAUUUUAGAAGGAAUGAUGGAUGAAAUAUUUUUUAAAAAGUAAUUUGACAUGUUAGCUUAAGAAUGUAUUUUCAUAAUCACAUGUCCUUAAUGUCGCUCUAAAAUGCAAUUUUUAAGCAGGUAAAGUUUUACACACACACACAUAUAUAUAUAUACUCAUAUAUACAUACACACAUUUCUAAUGGUGCUUAUAUAUACUGCUGAGUUUUGGGGGAAGGGGUUUGGUGUUUUUCAUUUGUUUUUUACUUAUUGAUAAUGUCACAGCAUGAAUCACAUAAUCAUGAUUUUUUUUUAUUUCUACUCCCCAAACUAUUCAUAUUUCAUAGGAUCAUAAUCAUAUUGAGAAAUCCCAAUAACCCUAACUUUAAACUUUGAGUUAUAAUAUAGUAAAUUUCUCUUUCAUCUUA